AUGUCUACAGCUGGGUUCAACCUUAGAAGUUGGAAAAGUAGUUUAGAUUUGAAUGAGAGUCCAGAAAAUGGGCUCGGUCUUCAGUGGUACUGCCCACCAGAUGAAUUGGGAUGCCGAGUAGUAUCUUGGUCUGAAGCUCCUACAAGACGAAUCCUCCUUUCAUGCAUUCUGAAAGUUUUUGAUCCUAUAGGAAUUUCUUCACCAGCUCUACUUAUUCCAAAUAUUGUUUUGCAGAAGACUUGGAAAUUAAAGCCUGACCGAGACGAGGAACUACCAGAAGACAUUCAGAAAGAAUUCAGUAAAUGGUCUACAGAAGGUUAUGACACUCUCGUUGGUGAAAGAGGAGCUCAGCUAUCUGGAGGUCAGAAACAAAGGAUUGCUAUUGCUAGAGCAUUAGUUCGUGACCCUAAAAUUUUGCUUUUGGAUGAAGCGACAUCUGCACUUGAUUCUGAAAGUGAAGCAGUGGUGCAGCAAGCCUUAGAUAAGGCACAAGAAGGAAGAACAACUGUGAUCAUUGCGCAUCGUCUUUCAACAAUUAGAAAUGCUGAUGUAAUUUGUGCCAUGGAAAAUGGAAUCAUAAAAGAACAAGGCACUCAUGAAGAACUGAUGGAAAAGCAUGGCUUAUAUUAUCAACUGGUCACAAAUCAAAUGUUUGUAGAUGAUGAAAGCUGCUAUUCUGAACUAGAUGAUUCCAAGGAUUUAGAAAAUCUUGAAGAACUAAGAAUCAGGAAGAGGUCAUCCAUAAGAUCUGCAAUUCAUGAAAGUCAUAGGUUGCUCAGUCGGCUUGAGAGUGAAGUCCAGGAAGAAAAUGUUAAACUGCCAUCAGGUCUAGAUAUUCUUAAAAGAAGUAAGAAUGAAUGGAAGGAGAUUGUUAUUGGAUCACUGGCAUCUGUUGUUGUUGGCAUUGUUAUGCCUACGUUUGCAGUUUUCUACAGUGAAAUAUUUAAUACUUUCACGCUUACUGGAACUGAGUUUAAAGAAGCUGCAUUUUUCUGGUCUAUGAUGUUUUUAGUAUUAGCAAUAGUAACAUGUCUAGGUCAUAUUUUUAGGGAAUCAAGAAUAUACCAGGCGUUACUUAAAAACACUAAAUUUCUAAUAAUACUUUACCUCAGUCUACAUUUAUUUUAAACUUAAUGUCAGCUG